AGACACGAGCGCCGCCAUGGACAGCGCGAACGAGAGAGGCUCCCAGUCGUGGGUCUGCCCAGAGGAGGGUCAUUCGCUCACCGACUUUGUGCCACCUCGCGCCGGCUACAAAUGCGAUUUGUGUGGCGAGACAUUCGGGGCGGACGUCAUUCUCUUCAGCUGCCGCAUCUGCCUUUGGGACGCCUGCCGUGUGUGCGCCGCCUCGGGCCGCCUCACCCUCCCCGGCAACGACGCGCGUUCGAAGCGCAUCUCCCGAGUCGGCGAGAGCCUCGAGGCGCAGAUCGGUUGGAUUGCGAGUGCGGUGGAGAGCAAGGCCGCUGCAGAUGACCCGGCGGCGCUCGCUGGCAUUCCCGCGCCCUUUGAGAGGACGUCGUGCUUUGCGUGCGUCCCUCCUGAGGAUCGCGCCUGGUGGAGGUUCCUCGUUCCUCCUGAGUGGGUGCCGCCGCUCCUGGUAGAGGUGCGUUUGCCGUCCGGCCUCCUCCUCCUCGCGCCUCCGCCCCCGGGCAGCGCCGGCACCUACCUGCGCUGCUCCAUUCCAAAAAGCGAGGCGUCGGCGCGCGACCUCGCCUACUGCUCCCAGUGCGGUCGCACCAACUGCCAGUGCUCAGUCAAGACCCAGCUGGCGAGGGACUUUGGUCAGCUCAGCCGGCGGCUGUCCUUCAACCGACGCAACGCAGUCCGCCGCGUGCAGCUCGACGACCCUGGCGCGUGGGCCGGUGUGGAGGAGGCCAAGAAGGCGCCCUCCUUCUCGCGCCGCAGAAGCGGCAGCAGCAGCGGCAGACGGACCGCGGCGGAGGAGCCGGCAAUGGCGCAGGCGCCGGCAGUGCCGCUUGGCAGGUCGGCAGGCGCGGCCGAGGCGGCACUGAGGGUGGUCGCGCCCGCUUCGCCUGCCGCUUCCUUCCCUCCGCUCGCCCCCGUGCUGGCGACGCGUUGGCGGCGGGUGCGCGCGGCAGCCCACCUCGAGUCGAUGGCUGGCGCACGGCUUCAGGUGGCGCCGCUGCCGGCGGGUGAGCAGGGCGUCCGAUUCGAGCAAGGCGUGAGGCCACCCGUGGUUCACUCCAUAAGUGAUGCGAGCCCGCUCCGCGGCGUGAUCUCCCCGGGCGCCAUCGUCGCGUUUGUCGGAGAGUCGACGGAUUGCGCCGCGAUGGACGGCGACGCGCUCGACGCGGCCUUGCGAGCGCAUGCGGAGAGCGAGCGUCGCACUCUCCACUGGAUCGCCGCCGCCGACAUCCCCGAUGUGCUCGCCUCCAUCGCCGAGCGCGAGGCGUCGCUGGUGACAGUCAAGGUGCGCACGAGCUGGACCCCGCAGCGGGAGGUCGACUACCCGACGCGUCUGGCGCUCCCUUCUGGCAAGAGGGCGACGCCGCAGGAGAUCGAGGCGGCCACCGCGGAGCUCUCGCUCCAGCUAGCAAACCUUGGGCGCAUUGCGCCCGGCGAGGCGUGACAAGACCGGGGAUGUGGGGGAGCUGGGACAAACCGACGGGGGAGCGAGUGAGAGGACAGGACCCCUUGCGCCUUGGCCUUGCCACCGGCUUUAUCUCCCCGAGAUACCGGAUACCGCCCACCCGCCCCACGGAGCACGGUGGCAUAAGGUGUGACUGACGAGGGAGAGGCGGUGGUUGGUGGCGGAGGCCCGGCGAGGGGACGCGAGCGGCGCGGCGGGGUGGACAUGUCGCUCAAGGUGAGAAAAGAGUUGAGAAGUUUACAACAAUGGAUGGGCUUCCGCGUCGGGAGCGCCGAGCCGUGGAGAGAGCGAAGUACUCCGAGUAAAUAACGGCGAAGCUCGCGGCGGAGCCGCCCAUGUGGAUGUGGUGUCGUGUUUGUUUUGUGUUUGCUCACUUCGCGCCGGGGUCGGCGUCGCGCGCGCGGCGCGCGCGCGCAUAGC